GGCUGAAGUGCGCUUGCUCCGUGGCCGCCGCUGCUUCAGAGGAGGAGAGGCUUUUUAUUCGGCUGCUGAAUGAAGGAGCGAACGGAGGGAAGGAUGAACGGAUAGAGGGACCAGGCAGUGAGUCAAUGAACGGACGCAGACCCGAGCUGUCUCCACGCUGCCGACCCGGUUUUGGACGCCGCCCACACUGAGCUGACCCAGUAGCGCCCAGAGGAGUCCAGCCUUCCAAGGCCUCGCUGCGUCAGCAGAGAUGGCUCCUGCAGCCAUGUCUGUGCCUCCGUCCUCUCCGACCUGCCGCCGCCGCCACUCCUCCUCCUCCUCCUCCUCCUCCUCCUCCUCCUCCUCCUCCCUUCUCUUCCUCCUCCUGUCCCUCUUCGUGCUGCUGUCGUGUCCUGCGCCGGUCCGAGCAGGCUCCACGGAGAAGAAGAACUGCACGGCCAGCGGAGACCCCUGUCAGGAAGGAGUGGUCCUGCCCGUGUGGAAUCCGCAGAACCCCUCUGUGGGGGAUAAAGUGGCGCGAGCCAUUGUUUACUUUGUAGCUCUCAUCUACAUGUUCCUGGGCAUGAGCAUUAUCGCAGACCGAUUCAUGUCUUCUAUAGAGGUCAUUACUUCCCAGGAGAAGGAGAUCACCAUAAAGAGGCCGAAUGGUGAGACCACUACAGCCACAGUCAGAAUCUGGAAUGAGACCGUUUCUAAUCUCACUUUAAUGGCCUUGGGUUCCAGUGCCCCAGAGAUCCUGCUGUCUGUUAUCGAGGUGUGCGGUCACGGUUUUGAGGCUGGCUCCCUGGGUCCCAGCACCAUCGUGGGCAGCGCCGCCUUCAACAUGUUCGUCAUCAUCGCCCUGUGUGUGUACGUGGUUCCCGACGGAGAGACGCGCAAAAUCAAGCACCUCCGGGUGUUUUUCGUCACGGCGGCUUGGAGUAUCUUCGCCUACAUCUGGCUCUAUCUGAUCCUCAGUGUCUUCUCCCCGGGAGUGGUGGAGGUGUGGGAGGCGGUGCUCACCUUCCUCUGCUUCCCCCUCUGCGUGGUCCAGGCCUGGGUGGCCGACCGCCGCCUCCUCUUCUACAAGUACGUUCGCAAGCGUUACCGUGCCGACAAGAACCGCGGCAUCAUCAUCGAGACGGAGGGGGGGGCCGACGGGGGGAUCGGAGGCAUGGACGGGGGAGGCGGGGGCGGAGCGCUGGGCCCGGGGGGCUUCACCAAGAUGGACAUGCUGGAGCUGGACGGGCAGAUCGCGCUGAACUGCCACAGCGGGAUGGACGGAGGGAUGAUGGAGGAAGGAGGGGCGAAGGACGAGGAGGACGAGGCCAGGAGGGACAUGGCGAGGACCCUGAAGGAGCUGAAGCAGCGGCACCCGGACAAAGACAUGGAGCAGCUGAUUGAAAUGGCGAAUUAUCAGGUUCUGAUGCAGCAGCAGAAGAGCCGGGCGUUUUACCGUAUCCAGGCAACCAGGAUGAUGAUCGGAGCGGGAAACAUCCUCAAGAAGCACGCCGCCGACCAGGCUCGCAAGGUGGUGAGCAGCCAUGAGACCCAGGCGCAGGAGGACGACCCACACACAGUCAGGAUGGAGUUCGAGCCCUCUUUGUACCAGUGCUUUGAAAACUGCGGCUCUCUCAAACUGACCGUUGCCAGGCAUGGAGGAGAUCCCGGCGUCACCGUCAAGGUGGAUUAUCGCACAGAGGACGGCACUGCCAACGCAGGUUCAGAUUAUGAGUUUGCAGAGGGAACGCUGCUGUUUAAGCCAGGAGAAACCCUCAAAGAGAUCACGGUCGGGGUGAUCGACGACGACAUCUUCGAGGAGGACGAGUACUUCUACGUGCACCUCAGCAACCCCCGCGUGGUCGGCUUCCCGGAGAUCGGCGCCGCCCCUCUGGACGCCAGCGCCACGCCCAAGGCCGUGCUGGGCGACAACCACACCGCCACGGUGACCAUCUACGACGACGACCACGCAGGCAUCUUUACCUUCGAGGGCGCCAGUCAGAGGGUGAGCGAGAGCGUGGGCGUCAUGGAGGUGAAGGUCCUGCGCACGUCGGGCGCCCGAGGCCUGGUCGCCGUCCCCUACCGGACCCUGGACGGGACCGCCAAGGGAGGCGAGGACUACGAGCUGGCCGCCGGCAAGCUGGAGUUCCAGAACGACGAGACCAUGAAGAUCAUCGAGGUGAAAAUCAUCGACGAUGAAGAAUAUGAGAAGAACAAGACCUUCACCAUCGAGCUGGGAGAGCCCAUCCUGCUGGAGAUCGGACAAAAACACGGAGACUCCAAUGAGAACAAGCCUCUGGUGGGAGCGGAGGAAGAGGAGGUGGCCAAGAUGGGCUGCCCCAGCCUGGGGGAGCACACACAGCUGGAGGUGGUCAUAGAGGAGUCCUACGAGUUCAAGAGUACAGUAGAUAAGCUGAUCAAGAAGACGAACCUGGCCUUGGUGGUGGGAAGCAGCAGCUGGAGGGAGCAGUUCGUCAGUGCCGUUACCGUUAGUGCAGGAGACGACGACGAGGAGGAGAGCGGCGAGGAGCGCCUGCCGUCCUGCUUCGACUACAUCAUGCACUUCCUGACCGUCUUCUGGAAGGUGCUGUUCGCCUUCGUGCCGCCCACCGAGUACUGGAACGGCUGGGCCUGCUUCAUCGUCUCCAUCUCGCUCAUCGGCGUCCUGACAGCCGUCACCGGCGACCUGGCGUCCCACUUCGGCUGCACGAUAGGGCUGAAGGACUCGGUGACGGCGGUGGUCUUCGUGGCGCUGGGAACGUCCGUGCCAGACACGUUCGCCAGCAAAGUGGCUGCCAUCCAGGACCAGUACGCCGACGCCUCCAUCGGCAACGUGACCGGCUCCAACGCCGUCAACGUGUUCCUGGGGAUCGGCGUGGCGUGGACCAUCGCCGCCAUCGCCUGGCGCUCCGACGGCAAGCAAUUCAAGGUGGACCCGGGGAACCUGGCCUUCUCCGUCACCCUCUUCACCAUCCUGGCCGUGGUGUGCGUGCUCACGCUGCUGUACCGGCGGCGCGCCGGCGUGGCCGGCGGCGAGCUGGGCGGCCCGCGGACUUGCAAGUUGAUCACGUCGCUGCUGUUCGUCUCGCUGUGGCUGAUUUACAUCAUGCUGGCCUCGCUGGAGGCCUACUGCCAUUUACCGGGGUUCUAGGUGGAGAGGAGGGAGCGAGGCCGACUGCCAAUGAAGAGAGAGACAGAGAGAGAGAGAGAGAGAGAGAGAGAGGAACUGAAAUACAGGAGAGGAGUCUUGAAAGUGAGCUGAAAAGGCUUGUUAUUCUUCAUGAAACCUUCCUAAAUGAUGUCAGAACAGUUAUUUUUUUGAGAAUUGCUACAUUAUUUAGGCAGGAUUAAUCCACACUCUGGAAUCUGUCAUUACAUUCAGUUUAAGCUGGAAAAUCUUCACCCAAAGCAUCCGAGAACAAGUCGUCAGAAAGAAUAUUUGAUAGUUAAUAAGAUGGAUAGUUAAUCAAAACAAAUCAGACCAACAGAAAGUGUGCUGAGGGUAAAUAAAGGAGACGACGGAGGUCAGAGGUGAGAAACGGAGCAGGAGUCUCUCUUCGCCUCCUCUCUCUCUCUCUCUCUCUCUCUCUCUCUCUUCAUCAUGAUGAUGAUGAUAGCAGGUCCUCCCAUCGUCACCUUGGAACUAUAAUACUGUCAGUGACUUAUCACUUCUAACCCCUCACACACACACAUAUACACACACACACACACAAACACACAUACACACACACACACACUGGGGCCCUCAGGUGAUUCUGCAAUAGAGGACCAUGCACCAACUUGCAGGCAAGAU